AAAGGUCUGAAGGUACAAUCUCUUCUUCCUUUUGUCUAGACCUUGCCUUGCCUCAAGGGUUGCAGUUGCCCCUUGUUUUCCAUUGCCAGUAUAUCUUCGGUUCUCGCUUAUUGUUAUCAAUGACUUCCUCCGACCCUGUACCCAUUCCACUAUCACCAUCAAUGGACGCCGACCUUACCCUCGACACUGAAAAUCUACCAACAUACGAUACUGACUUGUCCCUGGCCUCCCCAUCGUACUCUGCUCACCCGGGCCUUACUGAGAUUAGUCUCCAUCCCGAGCCAUUUUCACCAGAGAUCAAUUCCUCUACGCACCAUUGGUCAUGCGAAACGAAACAUAUGAGGAUAGACUUGGGCCCUCACAUAUGGGGGCUUACUUCUCCAAGCUACGGACUUGGAGGAACAGUGGUUGGCAGUGUCAAGUUUUUGGAGCAACGCCAACAUGUUGAGCAAGUCACUGUUUCGUUCGAAGGUCGUCUAACGACUUUCUGCCCUUAUCGGGGCACUAAUGGCGACGCCACUUCAUCAAUAGUUUCUCGCACUUUCCCAUUAUAUACCUCCUGUAUGGGAUGCGUAUUCGAUUGGGAAGCAGAACAUCCAUUCACGAUACCCAUCCCUACGGAAGUCAAUACUCCCGGUGGAGGCACCGCGCCUACACCUCCUUCAUUUAACUGUUAUUUCUAUGGCUCCGCCCUGGAGGUCACCUAUACAAUAAAGAUUGAUAUGGUCCAUAAAGGAAACCUAAACAAUCUACGCAGACAUGAAACAAAAUCAAUACCCGUUUAUUAUUUGCCAAAGACCCACCCAGUGGACCCGCCCCUUUCUACUAUUCCCAGACCCUCCCGACUAAGCGAGGAAACUGACAUCUACCUACACUGGUUGGACCGCGUCCAUACAGCCCUAGCGACACCAUCCUGGGCAAACGCUAAAUGUAAAUCAGACCUGGAGCCUUUUAUGAAAUCUGUAUAUGUUUCGAUACCCACCCCUCAGCGUUUUUCUGCCGGGGACGACAUACCCUUUGCUGUCAGCCUUUUAUUCUCCAAAGAACCUUACUUUGCCAAGCUGCUCACCCGCUGCAUACGGGUUGUACUACUCAAACGCAUCUCCUUCGGACCGAAGAAGAAGACUUUCAACUUGAAACCGGAAGAGAACGACGAUUCAAACCACAGCGAGUGGGUACUCACCUCCGGCCAGCUCAAAUAUCAAAACGAGUUUGCAGAGGGUGUACGACUACUGCGGGGGUAUGUGAAAGCCGGUGCGGCGGGAAAGGAGAGCUCGUGGUUAGUUGACUCUGUCGGUGUUCAGUAUGUGAUACGCGUAACCGUUGUGCCACCAAAGAAUCUGGCAGAACACAUACCGACAUUCCACCACGAAGAGAUUGUGGAAUUAACUACGGACCACUGGGGCCCCUCCCCACAACCUGUUAUCAACGGUAUACCCACCCCAGCUAUCGGGUUAGCGAGUGACCCGCAAUCGAAUUGGAUUGGGAAUACCGUCUAUGCAGUUGUAUGAUGAAUGCGAUGACGUCAAUUGAUAAGGAUUUGCCGUGCUACUAAAUUUAGUCAUACCGCGAUCUUGGAAAGUUGGGCGUUAAACCUUACUUAUUGUCCACUUGGACCCAUCGAUGCUACGAUGAUCGACAUUUGUCUCGAGGG